AUGCGUUUCACAAAGUCUCUGGCUCUGCUGGCGAGCAUUGCCUUCGCCGACGCCCAGUUCACGAAGCCCCUGGCAGGAGAUUAUUUCAACAUUGGCGAGAAAUUUGCGAUUGAGUGGGAGACGGCAGGCUUGCAAGGACCCAUCAACAUCGACCUGGUACCUAGCGGAGUGACGGAUGGUUCAGUGGUUGCGGAGAGGAUCGGCGAGCAAAUCCAGAAUGUUGGUCGGUUGUACUGGGCGCCCGAUGCCUCUAUCGCCGCCUUUGACAGCUUCACGAUGGUCAUCACCGACUCCGCCAAGGCCACCGUCAUGUCUCAGUCAUUCAAGAUCAACCAACUUACGGAUCAGCCUAUCGUCCAGACAUAUGUUGGAGCUCAGGUUCAGGUUCUCACCAAGCCGCCCAACGCCCCGAAGACUAUCUACUCUGGUGACCUGCCACCCGAGGCCACCCCGGCUGGACUCGUUGUUGAAGCUGCUCCUGCGAAGGCUGCUCCUGCCAACGGUACGAUUCCUGCCGCUCCCGCCAAAUCCAAUGCUGCUGGCGACGCGACUGCGCCGGCAGAGACCGCUCCCGCGGCAACAACUCCUGCGACUGGCGGUCGCCGCAAGGGCAAGGGAAAGGGAAGAGGAGGCAACAGAAACAGCGACGGCGCUGAAGCAACUGCGGCCCCAACGACUUCUGCCGCGGCUGGCGGCAACGGCACCGAUGCGGCGCCUUCCCCAAUCUUCUCGACUAUCGAUCCCGCUGGAGGCGGCGCUGCUGCUCCUUCGCCUGCUCCCAUCAAAAACAACCAGACCGCGCCUGCAACAACACCUGCCGCGAGUGAACAGAGCCGUGUCUCUAUCAAGCCAUCUGCGACACCCACCGCCUCCCUUCCUCAGGUUCUCAUUCCGCCAAAGAACUCUAGCACUCCCGCCGAGGCAUCUGCCACCCAGCCGGCCGUUCUCGUCCCUGGCAACACGACUGUUCCUGCCGUCUCUACUCCCGCCGAAUCCAAGGUCGCCGUCCCAGCUAACACAACUGUGCCCGCUGCCACCUUGCCCGCGGUGCUUGUCCCUCCGGCUAACACCAGCACUCCCGCCGAGACGGCUGCGGCUUCCGCCUCCCUGCCCCCGGUUCUCAUCCCGUCGAACACGAGCGCUACCGGACUCCCAGCCAUCCCCGCCACCGAGCCUGCUGCUGUCGCCCCGGUCCCUAUCCCUUCUGCUCCCCCGGCCGAUACGAGCGUUCCAGCACCGCCUGCCGCUGCUCCUCCCGCGACCACGCCCUCGGAACUCCCUGCUGAAACUGCCGUCAAGCCGCCUCUUAACCCGGUUCAAUCUUCUCCCCUGGUGCCCUCUGCGGUGACUACCCCCAGCUCCAGUGUCGCACCCGCAACGCCGACUCCUAGCACUGGCAGCGGCGACAAGGAGAAGGGCAACAAGAACGGCAGCGAGAAGGGCUCCGACGCAGGAGGCAGCGCGGAAAGCAGAUCUCCCGUGGCCACCGCGCCGUCCUCGACCGUUGCGUCUACACCUGCUAGCUCUCAGUCUGCCGGCACAGGCUCGAGGCCGACGGCAGUGCCGCAACUGGACACCCCCGCCGAUCCUACCACCAUUCCCCGUCUCGGCGCGAUCAUCUCGCUGCCGUCUUCCUUGAUGACUUCCAUGGUGCUCGCGAGCAACAUCCAGGCCCAGGGAGUCGCGGCACCUACGACCGGUCUCGUCUUUGCCACGUCUCCUCCCUCGGUCCUCACUACGUCUGGCGGAAGCAGGCAGGCGCAGAAGAGCUAUCUUGCUGCGCUCGUUGGCGGUGCUGCAGCUCUUGCGGUCACGUACGUGCUGUAG